AUGCACUACGAUGCAGGUAAUACCAGAAAUCCAUGGUGUGUUGACUUCGUUUCCAUUUUCCAUUUGUUGGACUUAAAAGAGCCAGAAUGUUUGGCUGGAUUUCAGAGUAGGGUAACUACAUUAUCCCCUGCGUCAAAUGACAGCCAGCCGAUGCAGAAUGAUUCCACCAGACCGGAUCAGCGAAAUAAAAAAACAAAACCCUAUUGA